AUGGUCACCACCGACUAUUCGUCUGGACUACCGACUUCGAGAAGAAUUCCCGCCGUGACUGGCAAUUCCCAUGGCGGCGGCGGCGGCGGCUAUGCAAGCCCGACAGAAUCGGACUACUCCGACUCUGAAGGCCCAGACUCAGUCAAGAACUGGGACGAAGAUAGAGUGUGCGAUUAUCUUGCCAGCGUCAAGUGUGGAGAAUACGAGAAGCUGUUUCGUAAGAAUCACAUCAAUGGAGAGAACUUGCUAGAGAUGGACAAGGAAGUCCUCAAGGAGAUGGGAAUCGACAAGGUUGGCGACCGCGUGCGCCUCUUUCUCAGCAUCAAGAAGCUUCGCACAAAAGCAUAUGCCAAUCAGAAGAAGCGACAUAGAGACUCCUUUGCUGGCCUAGAUAUCCUCCCUGUGCAGGCCUAUGGCAGCUCUCCCAAGGUCUCAAGCGCACGAUCCGCGCCCGUCAACAAGCGUUACUCACGACAGGUCGACAUGUCUGGCGCCGGCGCCUCCGACCACGGAAGACCUACAUCUCGGCCCGGCUCUCCUCAGCAAGUAUCGGACGUGCGAACGAGACAGCAACCCGAGCAAUCUCAACAAUAUCUCCCUGGGAGAGGAUAUGUGGCCCACGGGAACUCAAGCAACCCGACCCCUGGUGCUUCCGGUGCCCGAUUGAUCCCCACUCACACAAGGAACCAGUCCAGCGUGGAUGGCUCGCUUAUGGCUACUUUGCCUCAGGGCCAACACAUCAUUCGUGUGAUUUCAACUGGUGGCGUGACAAAGGUCGUCAAAAUUGCCGAGUGCAACACAUGUGAAGAUGUCAUGCGUGUCACUCUGCGCAAGUUUGGCCUCCGCGAAGACCAUGAGCGAAACUACUGUUUCUGGGUCUUGGCCGGUAUAGACGCCGACCCCAAGCAGUGCCGCCGCCUGGGCGACACAGAGCUAUGGCGCAUCAUUCAGAAUCAACGUAGGCCGGAGCGUAACCGCUUGAUUCUCAGAAGGGUGCCGGCUGGAGAACCAGGCGAGGCAGAGCUGCAACGCGCCGCUCAAAUUGCCAUGGAGGAGGAGCAGCAGAAACACGCGCGGGCGCUGGAAUCCGUAGACAAGAGGAGUCAGCUAAAAGUACAAAAGGUGCUGGGCGAGAGCUGGAAUGAGAAGCUCCAGAAUCCCCUAUCGCCUGUUUCUUUUGCGGCGCGAGAGCGAAACACUGCCAACGCAUACAGAGAACUGGACCGUUCUUCAUCGCCCGAUCGCAACCCUCUGAGAAAGGUAGGACUCCGUCAAUUUGGCGGGCUCCGUCCACCGAGCGAGCUCAUUGCCUCAGAUCUUACCUCGUAUUUCCCUGACCACGCCCGCGAGGAUAUUGAUCGGACCGCCAGGCUAUCUAUGAGGAGAUCGACCCGCUUGAGCAAGAUCAAUAGCCGGCUCAGCGUGGCGAGCAACUUGAGUUUUGCCUCGAGCAUCCAGGAUGCUCCUCCCAUUCCCACCAUUGCCGACUCUUGGCUGAGCGGAAACGCCCAUGUGGCCAAGUUUCGCUCCCAAGGGCGAGCCCCUACCAUUUAUAGCAGGGAUUCGAUUGCCUCAUCGAUGCUCGGGACUUUGCAAGAGGAGUCGUCGUCACCCGUGGAGCCAAACCGCAAGUCCUAUGUGUCGUUUUCGGACGCAAGUGAGACUACUGGUCUCAGUGUUACGGACCCUGAAGGCAACACAACGAGCACGAGCUACUACGACGCAGAUGGAUCCACAGGUUCUGGCUCUUUCCAGGAGCUGCAGCAAGCGCUCAACGACGACGGCGAUGAAGCUGAUGAAGAGCUGGAGAGCUUUUUGGCUGGCGACUCGUGGGAUGACAACAAGUGGAUGAAGGGAGCCCUUAUUGGCCAGGGAUCAUUCGGCAGUGUCUACCUGGCACUACAUGCCGUGACGGGCGAACUCUUGGCUGUCAAGCAAGUUGAUAUGCCUGCUCCUGGCGACAACGGUCAAGCUGAUAGCCGGAAGAAGAGCAUGAUUGAGGCUUUAAAGCGCGAAAUCAGCCUUCUCCGAGAAUUACGCCAUCCCAACAUUGUGCAAUAUCUGGGCUGCAGCUCCUCUACCGAUAACCUCAACAUUUUCCUCGAGUACGUUCCUGGUGGCUCGGUGCAGACCAUGCUCAACUCGUAUGGAGCCCUGCCAGAGCCCCUGGUUCGCAGUUUUGUGAGGCAGAUUUUGACGGGCCUGUCGUACCUACACAACAUGGACAUUAUUCAUCGCGACAUCAAGGGUGCCAACAUCCUGGUCGACAACAAGGGCACAAUCAAGAUUUCCGAUUUUGGCAUCUCCAAGAAAUUGGAGGCGUCCAAUAUUCUGAACGGUGCUGCUAACAACAAGCACCGGCCAUCACUGCAGGGAUCAGUGUUCUGGAUGGCGCCCGAGGUGGUGAAGCAAACCUCAUACACGCGCAAGGCUGACAUUUGGUCUCUUGGAUGCCUCGUUGUCGAGAUGAUGACUGGGUCGCACCCGUUCCCAGACUGCAGUCAGCUCCAGGCCAUUUUCAGGAUCGGCGGCGGGAAAGCAACUCCUACCAUUCCAGAGCAUGCUAGUGACGAUGCGAAGACGUUCCUGAACCAGACCUUUGAGCUGGAUCACAACCAGCGACCAAGUGCCGACGACUUGAUGCUCAGCCCUUUCCUCGCUCAGAUUACUUGA